CCGAAAUUGCAGUAUACGACUUGACCAGUCCCCGGCCAUCCUGGUCACAGUUGAUAACAACAACAAUAAACUGCUGGCCCUGUCUAUUCCUUAUCCCCAAUAUCUGGCCAAGAAACAGGAGCGAGUGCCCACGUGAGCACCAGGAACUGCUUACGAAUAUUGAGAGGUACCAUACCAGAGGAAGACAUUGGAUGAACCGUAGUACCAUGAGGUUUUCUUAGGUCAUCGUUACAGUGUCCACCAGCCAGGGUCCUUAUACGCGUAUUGAUGGAGUUCAGGGCUUCUUGUCAGGCCGUUACGACUUUUGAGCUAAGCCUUUAAUUGUUCACUCACUAAUAUAUAGAUAACUAACAUUUGCAGUCUUGUUACCCACCUCUGGUGGUAUAGAUUAUGAAAGUAAAACCCUCUCAAAUUUGUGGAUUGGGUAACACCUGGCAGGAUCUUAUCUUAAAUCUACAGUCCAUUUAAAAUUACUUGAAAAUACAGUCCAAUUUACUAAUCUUUGAUUAUUUAAAUUAAAUUAAGAAAAGGAAAUUCCCACACUACGGGAAUGUCCCAAUAAAUGCUCCGCAUUUAUUGGGACAGUGGUUAAACAACAAGCCACAAGGCUUGGAAACCACAGAUGAGCCAAUCAUCACAAGCCUCAAAUAUCACGACUAUCACCUUGACUAGAAUGGGGUGAAGAUAACCAGAGAAAAGAGAUAAAAUCCAAUUACCCUUGUCCAAAUGAAGAGCGCCCACUGCAAAGACCUUGCAAUGCAGAAAUUGACAAUAUACACAGGAAACUGCCAAUGUCUCUCAAAAGCUGCCAGGUCUAACUGCAUGUGAUCAAAUGUUUUGCACAGCUAAUGGAAAAACAGGUCUGUGACCAUCCACUUUGUCAAAAUUGAUUUUACCGAGAGACAUCUUCCAUGUGUAUAUUCAAUAAUACUCCUGGACAUGAAAGACAUGGAGAACUAAACCCCAAAAAUCCAAAACCGAAAAAUCCUGUGACAUGGGAAGAAACUGACUGCAACUAUCUGAGUUCAGACAAACCACCACCACCAGGAAGCAGUCAAGAGUGCAGCAGGAUCACAUAGCCCCUGGGAAGACAAAUGCCUUGCAGGGUGACCAAAAUAACAGGCAGCUCACGAAUUGUGAUGUGCACCCACUGCAGAGGAAGAAACCAAUGAAUCUGACUGGCAAGAUGAUUGCUGAUGGCAAAACCCCAGUGGAGAGCUGAAAUGACUCCCCUGCCAACGCUCCACGAACAACUGGAGCGUGAGCAGGGCAGAGUAACAUGAACCCCCCAUACUACUUGAAGCUGAUACCCAAGACAAAGCAGUCUUCUCGGGGCCUUCAGGAUCUGCAUCCAAUGAUCCCAACAGUGGUGAAAUAGAUCUUAGCUGGGAGUUUGUGACCAGUGCUCAACACGUUACAGUUUGGCAUGCUCUGCUGAGCUUCUCUUCCUUGGGGCUAUAUAAUCCAUUUUCACUCCAACUGCAUUCUGGAAUUUUGUUGUAUGAACCAGAGCGAUUAGUUCAGUUCCAUCGAAUGUGGGGUAAACUCUGCAAGUAGCCUAUCAAAUGGAUUAUCUGGGUUUGUCUCUCCAGGCAGUUGACAUGCAUGGAGUACCAAAUAUGCUCCCAGAUAAUCGUUCUCGGUUUCGUCCCAUUUCGACAUAGUGGAUGAUCAACAAUACAUGUAUCCACUAUAUUUGUGAGAUAUUUGGUCUUGCCAAAUCAUAUCAAACCCACCAUAUCAGACAUUCUCUCCUUAUAAACUUUUAUCAGUUCCAUCUGAUCAUUAUUUUCUCCCUUCACAUUCCACACUGCCAGCCUUUGUUCUUAAGGCCCUGAAUAGGUGAGCCCUCAUCUUAAUCUUUCCAGCCCUUUAUUGCAGGUGAGCAAGACUAAUGGCACCACACUGCCAUAGCUAGUGGGGUUGCCACAUCACUUAUCCUAAUGGUGACAUGACUCAUUAUCAUUUUGGAUUAUCAUUUCAGUUCAUUGAAGUUUGAAUAUAUUGUCAGUAAAGUGUGAUGUAAUCUGUUGUGCAUCUGAUGUAUAUCAGCAGCGAUCCAUCCUAUGCUUGAUCCAUCUUUUAUAUGACAGAUACUUUACUCUUGACAUGUGGAGUGUUUUGUUUGCAAAUUUUGAUUAACAUGCUGCAAAUUUUUCAGAUUACUUCCUACAUCAUCCCGGUUUACACACAGCUGUAAUGAUCAUCCUGACAUUAUGGAAUUGAAAUGCUUUUCUUAAUUAUGUCAAGAUAAAUGUUCAGAGAUAUGAAGUGACAUUGCUGACAGUUCCCCAUAUGCUGAAGAUGAGGACAGUGUAAUAUACCUUCUUCAUUCACUCCUCAUCUUCCUUCCUUUAAUCAAAAUUAAGAUAAUUUGAGCGCUUAGUAAAAGGUGUGCAAUCUAAUUGGCAAUCUAACAUGGAGUCAAUGUAAAUUUAUAAUUUUUUUUUUAUAAUAAGCAGAACAAGUAUUUGCAAGGUUAUUUAAAUUGCUAGUAGAUAGUUGAGAGUUUUUAUGAGUUAAUUAACAAGCUUAAGAUGAAUAUAAUCUUGUAUUGAUUUCAUAUUGACUACUAAAUUAUCCUUUUUGUAAGGUGAGAUAACGUAAGAUAACAUUUUUGGUCACAAGAAAUAAUACACUUCAUUUUCUGGGUAUCUCACAAAAUUAUCACAUUUAGCCAAUUAAUUAUAUUACAUCAAAAGAUGACAACUUACACAGCUAUAAAACCAUUUCAUUGUUCAGUGUGUCCAAAAGCCUUUUUACUAAAAUCAUAUUUAAUGAGACAUAUGCAUACUCACUCAGGAGAAAAACCUUAUCAUUGCACAGAAUGUCUAAAAGAUUUUUUAAUAAAAUCACAAUUAGCAGCACACAUGCGUACUCACACAGGAGAGAAACCAUAUCAAUGUACAAUGUGUGAGAAAAACUUUUCACAUAAAGGUACUCUAGUUUAUCACAUGAGAAAUCACACAGCAGAAAAACCAUAUCAAUGUUCAGACUGUUUAAAAGAAUUUAAACAUGGAAAUGAUUUAGUACGUCACUUAAGAACUCAUUCAGGAGAAAAACCAUAUCAGUGUUUGGAAUGUUUAAAAAGAUUUACACAAAGGACAGUUCUAGUAACACACAUGCGUAUUCACACAGGAGAGAAACCGUAUCAGUGUUCAGUGUGUUUAAAAGACUUUAAAUGCAGACCUGAUCUAGUACGUCACAUGAGAACUCAUACAGGGGAGAAACCAUAUCAGUGUUUAGAAUGUUCAAAAAGAUUUUCACAAAAAUCAAACCUAAUUACCCACGUGCGUACACAUACUGGAGAGAAACCACAUCAGUGUUCAAAGUGUCUAAAAGACUUUUCAUCUAAAACUGAUCUAGCCCGCCAUACAAGAACCCAUACAGGAGAAAGACCAUAUCAGUGUUUAGAAUGUCUAAAAAGAUUUUCACAAAAGACAGUUCUAGCAACACACAUGAAUAUUCACACAGGAGAGAAACCAUAUCAGUGUUUGAUGUGUUUUAAAGACUUUAAAGAUAAAGCACAUCGAGCACGUCACAUGAAAACACACAGAGAAGAGGAUCAAUAUCAGUGUUUAGAAUGUCUUAAAAGGUUUACACGAAAGGCAAAUCUAACACUACAUAUGCGUAUUCAUACAAAAGAGAAACCAUAUCCAUGUUCAGUGUGUUUUAAAAAGUUCCAGUGUAAAUCAAAUCAAGUACGUCACAUGAAAAUUCACACACGGGAGAAACCAUUUCAAUGUUCAAAAUGUCUUAAAAGAUUUUCACAAAAAACACAUCUUAUAACACACAUGCUUAUUCACACAGGAGAGAAAUCAUAUCAGUAUCAAAGUGUAUAAAAGACUUUACAAAUAAAACAGUUUAGUAAUAAUAGGAAUAAUUAUAAAGAAAAGAAACUAUAUCAAAGUUCAGUGUGCCUAAAUGACAAACUAAAUUUAAUUGUAAUAUUUAAUUAUUACUAAUUUAAUAGUUAUUACAUAUUUACUAAUUAAAUAUUGUACAGUGUGUCCUCACUUGAACGAACUGUAUGGGGCGAAGCCGAUUCGUUCUAGUGCGGAUGGCGUUCCAUCCAUCCGGCCACAAAAUACCCCCUUUCCCCCCCCCCCCAAUAUUUUUUUUUAAAGCUUACCUAACUUAUGUAAUCUCUCUAAAUCUAAAAUCUAGUUUCUAAAUCUAGCAAUAAAUUGUUAAUGUGUUUUACUGUACUUUACCAGUUGAGUUGUGUAGUGCAGACUUUUAACCUCAAUACCCUGAGAGUGCCAGAUAUGAUAGGAAUAUAAAUUCAUUAACCCUUCAAUUGCGCAUCGCAUCAUAUGAUGCUUUGACCGACUUGCAGUAAAUUGCGCAUCGCAUCAUGUGAUGCUUUGGAGUACUGUACUACGCAAGAUUUA